UGUUCAUCAGAGGAACAUUUCUUAUCUAAUUACGGAUGAAUUAUGAUCAUCCCGCUUUUUGCAGUUUUCAUAAUUCAAAUUAACCAAAGCCUGGCCUUGCACCUCUCUCUCUAUAUAACAAAGCAUUUUCUCCAACUCCUCGUGACUGAGAACAACCAUGCUCAUGCUCAUGACAUUCAAUUCUCAUUCCUCCCUCCUCUUUCUCAUCUCUCUCUCACUAUGCAUCUCCAUCACAACCCUCUCAUUCACUCCAGACACUCCAUGGCUAAAUUCUGUUGACAGAAAUGAUGAUAACUUCAAAGGGCUUGCUAUUGAGCGGGCUGUCGACGGGGACUGAAUACAGGCGGCGUCGCGAAGAUCAAGAGGUAUCUCCAUUACUUCGGUUAUCUCCCGCUCCAAAACCUUAGUUUUGAUGACCAGUUCAAUUCGGAGUUUGAACUAGCCAUUGCAAGAUACCAAUCAAAACUCGGCCUCUCAAUCACGGGUAAGCUCGAUAUCAACACAAUGAAGCAGAUCCUCGAGCCCAGGUGCGGUGUCUCUGACUUCGCCCACGGCAAGCAUGUGACUAGACGUUACGUGCAUUUUCCGGGGAAACCUAGGUGGAACCGUCACAAGCCCAUCGUGCUCACCUACGCUUUCUCACCUGACCAUUUCAUCAACUAUUUAACCUCAAACGAUGUCCGUCGUGUGUUUAAACGUGCCUUCGCACGGUGGGCAGCCGUCAUUCCGGUGAGUUUUAGGGAAGCGAAUGAUUAUGGCUUUGCAGACAUCAAGAUAGGAUUUUAUAGCGGCGAUCACGGAGAUGGCCAGCCGUUCGAUGGGGUGCUCGGGAUUUUGGCCCAUUCAUUCUCGCCAGAGAGCGGGAAGCUACAUCUCGACGCAGCCGAGAGGUGGGCAGUGGACUUUAGCACGGAAGAAUCCAAGGUGGCGGUCGAUCUAGAAUCAGUCGCGGUGCAUGAAAUCGGCCAUGUGCUAGGGCUAGCUCAUAGCCCGGUCAAGGAUGCUGUGAUGUAUCCAAGUUUGAAGCCUAGACAGAAGAGGGCGGAUUUGAACAUUGAUGACAUAGAGGGAGUUCAAGCAUUAUAUGGAUCAAAUCAUAAAUUGAGAUUUGGAGCUUUAUUAAGAUCUGAAACUUCUGUGAGCUCGGGGGUCACCCUUUUAAGACAAAGUUGGAUUGGCUUCACUUCAUCUUUAUCUCUUCCAUUCGUGCAAUUGUGCAUCAAUUGCUUCCUAUUAUUCGUCUUGUGAUUGCGAUGCUUUCUUGGUCUUCAUUGCCUCUUUAAUUUUAGUGUGAAUUAGCCUAAAAAGACUCCACAUUAUCAAGUGCUUUGAAAUGGAGUGAGCUGCGCUAGUUUUUUUUUUUUUCCUUUUUUAUUUCCUUUUUUUUUUCUUUUGUAUUUCUCCCCUUCAGUUUUGGGAUAUUCUAAGGAUUGUUUUGAUACUAAUCAAUUUGAAAACUUUAGAGAAAUUAAAGAUUA